AUGUCGUCGCCGGCGUGGAGCUUCGGCGCGCGCUUCGCCACGCGCUCCACGCUGCGCACGCCGGGGCCCGGCGCCCACGCGCCCGAGCGCUGCCCGCCCAUGCGCGAGCCGCGCGCGCCCGUCUACUCCAUGGGCGCGCGCCUGGGCUUCGCGCUCAAGCGGCCCGGGCCCGCGCCCAACGCCUACGCGCUGCGCAUGGGGCCCGGCACGCCCGCCUACACCAUGGGCGCGCGCGUCGGCUUCAUGCCCAAGGCCAAGUCGCCCGGGCCCGCCGUCUACUUCCAGCGCGACACCAACGUCUACAAGUGCAAGCAGCCGGUGUACUCGCUGGGCGCGCGGCUGGAGGGCGCCGGCAAGGCCACGCGCACGCCGGGCCCCGCCGCCUACCCGCCCAACCUCUACAACACCAAGAAGAACCCCUACUCGUACUCGUUCGGCACGAAGCACGGCGACUACGCGCCGCCCAUGAUCAUCAAAGAGGACACCAUGGACUGCCUGUGA